UAGUAAACAAAAUGAUGCAGAAAUACUAUGUACGCCGAUGCGUACCUAUUUUUUCUAUAGCGCCACCAUACACCAUUGUCAGCGUUGUCGUCAGAAUACACAGGCGCAGCGCAUAUGAAAUUUGGCGCGUCGAUCAUCAAGAUGGCGGCAAUGUGUGAACGAUGAGACAACUUUCCUCUAAUUUACUGGACCGUUGUGAAAAAUGAAAAGAAAGCUGCCGUCUUCGGCAAAAGGAAAGGGAAAUCAAGAAAUUACAAAAUUUUUCAAGGGUUUGACAUCUAAGGGCCCAAGGAAAAGUUGCAACCCUAUGAGUAAGGACAAGUUACCAGACAACAAAGAGCUCAAGGAACCACAUUUCAAGGGAUUGCCAAAUGACAAAAACGGUUUUGGUUCUAAAGACAAAAGCAUGAUUCCAAAUGCAGACAGUAAGGAAAAUGAUAAGGGUAGCAGUUGCAAUUCACUAGUUAAACCUGCUGUCAGUUCACCAUUAGGUAUUGAUGGACAUAACUGUUCAGUCCAUGGAAGCAAACAUGAAGGAAAAACACAGGCUUCAGCUUUAUUUACUAACUCUACUUCAGCUGCGGGAAUAACUGUGUCUGAUAGUGUUGGUGAUGAGACUUUUUAUUCAACCUGUGAUGAUACUGAAUCUUUGGACGAUUCAUGUGGUAGAAGUGUGACGGAUUCCACAAACUACGACUCUACAGACGGUAGUGAUAUUGAUAAUGGAAAAGAAGAAAAACUUGAUACUGAUGUGAAUGAAAGCUCGUUUUUUGAGAAAGAUUUGCACAAUCAAAUCCACAAAGAGUCAACUGUUAAAGAUUUGGAGAACAAAGAAAAGAGUUGUAAAGUUUUCAAGGAAAAAAAACAAGGUAAUGAUGAGUUGAAUGAAAAAGAAAUUGUGAGCAAAUCACCUGAUGGAUCAUUAAAAUCAAAGAAUAAGGGUGCGAAAAAAUGCAGAGACAAUAGCCCUGAUAAUUUUCCAGUGAGAUUGCAAGGGCGUAUUGGUAAUGAUGUUGACGGGAACUAUACAAAAACUUCUGAUGCACAUGUUGAGGAGACUAUAGUUGAUUGUGGUUCUCCUAUUGAUUCUGGUUUGGUUCCUUUCAAGGGAACAGACCAAAAUAGCAGCUCUGAUGAACUUAAAGAGGAGGAAUUUGAUAAAGGCAUGGACCAAAUCAUUAGUGGCAAGAAGCUUUUUGAAGAGGAUUUAGGGACUUUACCUGAAGGCUCAGAUUCCUCUGAUGAGGAUCUUUUAACACCGCCAAGAUUUCUCUAUGAAAAGACAAAGUUGAAACCAGAUAUUUGCACUCCAGAAAAAGGAGUUGCUCCAGUUUAUUCUACUCCCUCCCCAAUUUCUAGAGGAGAAGGAGAGGAGAAGACCAUCAAGUACAAACUCUCCUUUGAAAAGUUGAUUGCUGACAAAGUUAAGCAUAGAGAAAGGAAUGCUGAGCUUGCUAAGAUGGAGGAAGAGCUACAACAAGGGAUUGAUAAUGGAGGUAUUGGUCAACUGCCAGUUCCAAGUACUUUCAGUGAUAUAGAAUCAGAGGAAGACCUAACUGAUGGAUAGAGAUGAUAUCCCACCAAACUCCAGAGGUACCCUGUGGGUUCCUGGUAUCAAGACAGUCUUGAAGGAGCUUUUUUCCUAUGGUGCUAGGAUUCCAAGACUUUAUCCUGGAGAUCUUGUCAAUCAAUUAAGUAUAAGAGAAGUUUUGUUGAGUGAGAACUCCACGGAUGCAAUCCACAUGGAAGAAGAAACAGUUGGAGGUGUGAUGCAGACUGAAAGUUUUCCUCUCAUCAAUGUGAUGCACCUUGUUCAGCUGCUUACUCACAGUCUUCAAAAGUGUCCUCAGUCAUACACUGUUCAGGAUUUAAGAAACCUCAUGGUACUGAUGUGUCGGUUGGCACUAGAUACAAGGCUUCACACUGUAGUGUUUGAUAUUGAGAUGUGUAUUGCAGCAGUGCUAGGUUGUUUUGGAGAGAUGCAGUGGCCUGAUGAGAUUAAAGAGUUGUGUGGUAUUUUGACAAAACUGAGCACAGACCAUCGGAAUCUGUUGUAUCUUGUCGAAAUUCAGCCUCCAUCCACUUAUGGGAUUCAGCUUCAGCGCCGUCUUAGUUUGACACUGCUUCACUGGUUAGUGCCCAAGUUUCUAAAUCAGGAGGAAACUGGAGAAAACCUUGGUGGGGACAGAUGCAAUGUAAUUGUUCCAGAAAAUGUAAAGGUAGCUAGUUUGGUUAAUCUUGUGGCACAGAUUAAACCUACAGAUGAGUCAGAUUAUUUCCUGCUGCACACCAUAAUUUCUUUGAUCAGCUUUGCUGUUGGAAGUGAGGACCUGCCCUCUAAAGAAAGGCCAUUUCUAGAAAAGUUGACCAACAAGCUGAGAACAGUGAAUGGUGAUAUCAAAGAUCCAAGGGCUGCAUUCAUGAAUAGAACCAAGGUGAAAGACCUUUUAGUAAGGACAAUUUUUAGGCUGGCAAACAUGGUUCAGUGUAUCAAGCCACUCAAAGAGCAUCACAUAGCCAGCUACUUUGAGCACUCUACCUCAGAUUAUCAAGUAGAGCUGUUGAGGGAAAAUGAGGACAAGAAUUUAGAAGAGUUGCCAGAGAAUGAGGAGGAAGAAGCUAUGACUGGAGUGCAGGAAAUGGACCUUAGCACUUAAUGAGGAAAAGCAGUCAAGAAUUAUUCUUUUGAGAAGAAAAAAAAAUCUUCAUUUGUAGGUGUGACCAAGAAUUGGUUCUUGGCAAGUGAAAACAGAAGGAUAUGAAAAUUUUUAUUUUGGUGGAUCGAUGUAAAUGUAUACAAUCAAACCUAUUUUACAGUCCAAGUUGUUUGUUGUUUUCUGAUCUGUAUCUGGCAAUGUUGAUCCUAGUAUGAAUACCACCGUUUUGAAGAGAUGUAUCAUCAACAUUUUGUAAAUAUAUUAUACAAGUAUGUAGAAUUUAAUUCUGUGAAUAUACACCUGGAGAUAUUAGUACUGAAUCAAUAAAAAAGUAUACAUUGUGA